CUGGAAUGUUGGGGAGUGUCGUUUAACUGUCGCCAUGGUCUUCCUCAUUUACCUUUGUGGCCUGGGAAAGGAAAGAAAAUCCCUUGACUCCAAAAUGGCAUCCGGAGAUACAAAGACAAGCCUCAAGGAUGCCUACCCCUCUGCCAAGAGGCUGUCCCUGCAGGAGGAGGAGGAGGGAGAGGUUGAGGACUACUGCACCCCUGGACCCUUCGAGCUGGAGCGCCUCUUCUGGAAGGGCAGCCCCCAGUACACACACGUCAACGAGGUCUGGCCCAGACUCCACAUUGGUGAUGAGGCCACAGCGCUGGACCGCUACGGGCUGCAGAAGGCGGGCUUCACGCACGUGCUGAACGCCGCGCACGGCCGCUGGAACGUGGACACCGGGCCAGACUACUACCGCGACAUGGCCAUCGAGUACCACGGCGUCGAGGCCGACGACGUGCCCACCUUCGACCUCAGCGUCUUCUUCCACUCGGCUGCCGCCUUCAUCGACUCCGCUCUCCGAGACGACCACAGUAAGAUCCUGGUUCACUGUGCCAUGGGCCGAAGCCGGUCGGCGACCCUGGUCCUGGCCUACCUGAUGAUCCACAAGAACAUGACCUUGGUGGACGCCAUCCAACAGGUGGCUAAGAACCGCUGUGUCCUGCCCAACCGGGGCUUCCUGAAGCAGCUCCGAGAGCUGGACAAGCAGCUGGUGAAGCAGCGGCGACAGGCUGGGCAAGGGGACAGCGAGCUGGGGAGGUAGGGGCCCGCCCCAGGGAGGAUCGGGGACCCUGGCGCCCAGAGCGGAGGAAGGCUGACGGGUGUCUGCUCCGAGGCUUUGUCGGUCAUGGAGAUGGGGCAGUGAAAUUAAAAGGCUGGGUACAGGGAGGAUGCCCAGCUGUCUCCUCCAAGUCUAGUUCUCCAUCUCACGGUGGGCCAGGCCGGCUGCAGGGGGACCUGGGUUCCGAUGAGUACCACUGUGGUCCCCUGUCCUUUACGCUGGAAGCAGAGAGGUUUUUUUUGUUUUUUGUUUUUUUGUUGUUUU